AUGGAGCGGAACAUCGACAUCUAUGCCGCCAAACUCGGCGACGAGAAGCUCGACAUAAAAAUACGAGCCAACGUCGCCGUCGAAUUACGGGAUAGCAUAGAACCGCUAUGCUCUGGUGCAAGCUAUCCGAUCUUCCUGUCCAAGCUAUGGCCCGUGUUCAAGAAUAUCUUGAAGGGCGAACCUGUCUUCACGAACUUGUCCUUUGAGCAGAAAUUACGCAAUUAUAUCCUCGAGACGCUGCACAGACUCCCUAUGGCUUCUCCGGAUGUUGAACCGUACGCCGCGGAUAUGGUCGACUUGUUGAUGGAUCUCGUUCGGAUUGAAAACGAAGAGAAUGCGGUGCUCUGCAUGAAGACGAUAAUGGACCUGGAGAGAAAUCAAGCCAAGGCAACUUCAGCACGAGUACAACCAUUCCUAGCCCUGAUCCAGGAGAUGUUCCAGAUGAUGGAGCAGGUGGUUCGCGACACGUUUGACACGCCCAACCAAGCCACUCCCUCCGGCAUGCCUUCGACGCCAAGUGCUACAGCCCAGAACUUCCAGUCGCCCAGACCAAGCUCGCCAGCCACCUCCGUCUCAGACCUUGGGCCGGAUCAACAGCCCAAUAAUAUUCUCCUGCGGGGUAUGCAAUCGUUCAAGGUCCUCGCCGAAUGUCCGAUCAUUGUCGUUUCGAUCUUUCAGACUCACCGGGCCUCGGUCGCGGCAAAUGUGAAGCUCUUUGUGCCAUUGAUCAAGAGCAUCCUUCUGCUUCAGGCCAAGCCGCAGGAGCGGGCGCAUGCAGAGGCCGCUGCUCAGGGAACGAUAUUCACUGGUGUUUGCAAGGAGAUCAAGAACCGAGCCGCGUUCGGUGAAUUCAUUACAGCACAGGUCAAGACGAUGAGCUUUCUGGCGUACCUUCUCCGCAUGUAUGCGCAGCAGCUUCAAGACUUUCUUCCGACUCUACCAUCGGUUGUGGUCCGCCUCCUGCAGGACUGUCCGCGGGAGAAGUCAAGCGCUAGGAAGGAGCUACUCGUUGCCAUCCGUCACAUCAUCAACUUCAACUACCGCAAGAUCUUUCUGGAGAAGAUCGACGAGCUUCUUGAUGAGCGGACCCUUAUCGGCGAUGGCUUGACUGUUUAUGAGACCAUGAGACCUCUGGCUUACAGCAUGCUCGCCGAUUUGAUUCACCAUGUGCGAGACCACCUCACGCGGGACCAGAUCCGUCGGACGGUCGAGGUUUACACCAAGAACAUGCAUGAUGAUUUCCCCGGGACCAGCUUUCAAACUAUGAGCGCCAAGUUGCUUCUGAACAUGGCUGAGCGUAUCGCCAAGCUCGAAGACAAGCGAGAAGCGCGGUAUUUCUUGAUUAUGAUCUUGGACGCGAUUGGCGAUAAGUUCGCUUCCAUGAACUACCAGUUCAACAACGCCGUCAAAGUGUCUAAGAUCUACAAGGAGUCUAAGAAGGAUUUUGAACCGUCCCCUGAGAAGUAUCUCGCGGAGAAAGAGUUUCCCCCCGACUGGGAUGAGAUCGAUAUCUUCUCGGCUUCGCCCAUCAAGACAUCCAAUCCUCGGGACCGUGGCGGCGACCCAGUGUCAGACAAUAUCUUCCUCUUUAAGAAUCUCAUCAAUGGCUUGAAGACCAUAUUCCAUCAGCUGAAGAAUUGCAACCCGGAGCAUAUUCAGAUCGACCCGAACAGUGUUCCGAUCAAUUGGUCCGAAGUCUCUUAUGGAUACAAUGCCGAGGAAGUGCGGGUUAUCAAGAAGUUGUUCCACGAAGGAGCACGGGUGUUCAGAUACUACGGAGUCGACCAGUCGCCACCGGAGGUCAAUUACUCGUCCCCUUUCGACUUUCUUGCCAGUCAAUACACGGCCCCAAUGUCGCGGGAAGAGAAGGAGCUCCUGGAGAGCUUCGGCACCGUCUUCCAUUGCAUUGACACCGCUACCUUCCACGAAGUCUUCCAUUCCGAGAUUCCGUACCUGCAUGAGCUCAUGUUCGAACACGGUGCUUUGCUUCACCUGCCUCAGUUCUUCCUGGCUAGCGAAGCCACCUCUCCUGCCUUCUCCGGAAUGGUUUUACAGUAUCUCAUGGAUCGCAUACACGAAGUGGGCACUUCGGACAUGACCAAAGCAAAGAUCCUGCUUAGAAUGUUCAAGCUUUCGUUCAUGGCGGUAACAUUGUUCUCGGUUCAGAAUGAGCAGGUCUUGCAUCCACACGUUACCAAGAUCGUCACCCAGUGCAUAGAGCUUUCGGUCACUGCCGAGGAACCUAUGAAUUACUUCCUGCUGCUAAGAUCGCUCUUCCGUAGCAUCGGAGGUGGGCGCUUUGAGCUUCUAUACAAGGAGAUUCUGCCUUUGCUGGAAAUGCUUUUGGAAACGUUCAACAAUCUUCUAGUGGCUGCCCGCAAACCGCAAGAGCGUGAUCUAUACGUUGAGCUCACACUUACCGUUCCAGCUCGUUUGAGCCAUCUCUUGCCGCAUCUCAGCUACCUCAUGCGUCCUAUUGUCGUGGCAUUACGGGCAGAUUCGGAUCUUGUCGGUCAGGGGCUUAGAACACUCGAGUUAUGCGUGGACAAUUUGACUGCCGAUUACUUGGACCCUAUCAUGGCUCCUAUUAUGGACGACCUGAUGACAGCGUUGUGGGAUCACCUUCGCCCGCAUCCAUACAACCAUUUUCAUGCUCAUACGACCAUGCGAAUCUUAGGCAAGCUUGGUGGUCGCAAUCGGAAGUUCCUUAAUCAUCCUCCGGAUCUCACGUUCGAACAAUUUGCCGAUGAUGCACCUAGCUUUGAUAUCAAGCUUAUUGGGCCUAGCGAGAAGCGGCCGUUCCCAAUUGACAUUGGUCUGGACCUGGCAAUUGCGAAGUUGAUGGAAGUUCCCAAGAUUGGAUCAGGGCAAACCUCUGACACUUACUAUAAACAGCAGGCAUUCCGCAUGGUUUCGUCGCAGCUGAAGCUCUACAUCGGGAAUGAGAAUCUUCCCGAGGACCUGGCUUCACUCAUUCGUCUGCACGCCAACGAUCUGUUCGAAAGCAAGACCACCUCCAUGCCCGAUGUAUUAGAGAAGUCAGAACGAUCAAGCUCCAUUCCGAAGAAGUUAGGCCAGGAAGGCUCCAUGAAGAAACUUCUCAAGGCAUGCAUCUACGCCACUACUAUCCCAGAGUUGGAGCAGUCUGCAACGACUUUCGUCGCGGAUGUUUGCAAGCACUUUGCUGUCGUGGAGGUUGGUCGUGCCCUUGCUCAGGCCCGGCACACUCGCAAGCCGUUUGACGUCAAUAGUGGUGAGGGUCCUGUGUAUCUCGACUCACGCGUCUUGGCCGAAGCCGUCGUGGAGUCGCUUUCGUCCGACAACGCACAGGUUCGCGAGGGAGCCGAGGCGGCCAUGCAAGUCAUGAAAGACGCUGCUGCCAUUAUCUUUGGCGCGCCGGAGCGAGUGGCGAAGCUGCCGUUCUUCCAACACCUUGGCCGUGUGUUUUGUCACAGCUGCCAUAGCGAGGAGUGGUUCACUAAAGCUGGAGGAAGCUUUGGUAUUCAUUUGUUUGCCACAAAGCUAGACUUAGGUGAUGCAUGGCUUCUUGACAAACAAGUAGACUUUGUCAGGGCGCUUAUGUAUGUCAUCAAGGACACUCCCUCUGACCUACCAGCCAGUACGCGGGUGAGGGCUCAAGAAACGCUGGAUUUGAUCCUGCGGAGGUGCUGCAAGAGCUUGUCCCUUGAGGAUCUCAAGACUGAAAAGAGUCGCUUGUAUUCUUUGUGCGGACACUUUGUUUACGAAUUGUCUCACAUGAACAAACAAGUUCGCGACGCUUCCCGGCGCAGUUUUUCCACUGUUGCUGAAGUCUUAGGAUGCCAAAUUCACGAACUCAUUUUACCGGUGAAGGAACGUCUCUUGCAGUCAAUCUUCAACAAGCCUCUACGAGCAUUGCCUUUCCCUACCCAGAUUGGCUUCAUCGACGCUAUAACCUAUUGUCUUAGUCUUCACAACAACAUUGUGAUGUUCAACGAUCCUCUCAACAGGCUCAUGUUGGAAUCACUUGCUCUGGCAGAUGCCGAAGACGAGUCCCUAGCGUCCAAGCCGAACGAGUUCAAGAAUGCAGAAAUGAUUGUGAACUUGCGUGUCGCCUGUCUCCGCCUUUUGUCCAUGGCAAUGAGCUUCCAAGAAUUUGGCAACGCCCCGCAGAAUACCAGCCGUGCUCGCAUCAUUUCUGUCUUCUUCAAAUCGCUCUACUCUCGAUCACCCGAGGUCAUUGAAGCUGCAAACGCAGGACUUCGAGAUGUUCUGACGCAGACAAACAAACUGCCGAAAGACCUGCUUCAGAAUGGCCUUCGCCCUAUCCUGAUGAAUCUGCAGGAUCCCAAACGACUGAGUGUCGCAGGCCUUGAUGGACUUGCACGGCUGCUCACCCUCCUGACAAACUACUUCAAGGUCGAAAUCGGCGCACGUCUUCUGGACCAUAUGAAGGUCAUUGCGGACGAGACAACCUUGCAGAAGGUGUCGUUUAGUCUCGUUGAACAAAGUCCUCCGAUGAAGAUUGUGGCCGCCAUUUUCAAUAUCUUCCACCUGCUCCCCCCAGCAGCUACAUCUUUCAUGGAACACCUGGUGAACAAGGUCUUGGAUCUCGAGGAGAAGCUUCGUAGGACGUCCAACAGUCCUUUCAGAAAACCCCUUGUGAAGUAUAUCAACCGCUAUCCCAAGGAGAGUUUGACCUUCUUCCAGACUCGCAUCAAGGAUGAAAGGUUUGGACGAUUUUUCGGUCAGGUUUUGGCCGACCCAGAAAGCGAGGCACUUCGUUCUGCGGUGGUUACAGACACCGAAGGUUUUCUGGCUGCAGCCUUCGGACAAGAGGGCCCUGAUGGCAAGAACACAGCUGUGAUCAAUGGUAUCUAUGUCGCCCACUCAAUCUGUACAUUCGAAUCAACCAAGCGCUGGUUGGUAUCUCAUGCAGACUUGAGAGGGAAGCUUCUGAGCUCGGGACGUGACCUUGCCAAGAAGCUUCGCAAUGAUAAGCUUCCCAUCAAUGAGCGGUUAAGGGUGGAGCAGGCCGAGGACCAACUGAUGGAUAUCUUCACCAACUACCUAUCGGAGUCGGUGCAAGACCUGGACUUCUUGUUCGAAGUCAUCGAUGGUCUUUCUGCCGAGGAACUCAAGCGGACGCUGGCUCUUCCCAGAUUCAUCUAUCGCCAUAUCAUCACGAAUGAGUCCAUCGACUACCGCCGCUCUGUUAUCAUGCGUUGUCUUGAUUUGUACAGCCAACGCUCAUGCUCUCAGAAAAUGAAGACCUACGCUUUCCGUCACCUGGUCAACCCCAUCUUUGCGAUGGACGUUCAAACGACAUGGAACAGCCCACCAAAUAGUCCCAAGCUAAUGGACAAGAGCAUGACCGAGUUCAUUCAGAGUCGUUUGUGGAAGCCUCAAUUGGCGGAUCUUAGCGAGGAAUCAAAUCAGGCUGGUGUCGACCACUCUCGUAUGGAGCUUCUCCAGUUGUCAGCUUUGUUAAUCAAGUACCAUCAUCAGACGGUGCAGGACUCCCGCAAGGAUAUCAUCAAGUUUGCUUGGAACUAUAUUCGCCUCGAAGAUAUCAUCAACAAGUACGGCGCAUACGUUCUCAUCAGCUACUUCAUCGCUCAUUACGAGACUCCGUUCAAGAUUGUCGUUCAGGUCUAUGUGGCUUUGCUCCGAGCCCAUCAAAAUGAGGGCAAGGCACUUGUUACGCAGGCUUUGGAUGUUCUAGCCCCAGUUUUACCAACUAGGAUUCUAUCCGCAAGCAACAAUCAAGGCUCGGACUUCCGCUAUCCUCUGUGGGCGAAAUGGCCUCGGCGCAUCUUGGCCGAAGAGACUGCGAACUUGCAGCAAGUGAUGAGCAUCUUUCAGUUUCUCGUCCGCCAUCCGGAUCUCUUUUACGAGUCCAGAGAGCACUUCGUUCCGCUCAUAGUACCCUCUCUUUCUAAGAUAGCGGCCCCUGCCAGUCCGUCUAAUGAGGGCAAAAAGCUUGCCCUGAAUCUCAUAAGUCUCAUCUGGCACUGGGAAGAAAAGCGUGCAAAGGCAAGUCAAAGUACGUUAUCCAAUGGCGUUCUAGAGUCGCCCAACGCAAAGAAGCGCAAGCUGGAAGAUGGCCAGAGCACUUCGUCCCCAUCACCCGCUCUUGUACCUCCGGCUUCUCGUGAUCGGUCGGAUUAUGCGGUCUCGGCCGACUUCAGGGCGUCCUUGACCAAAUAUCUUAUCACCUUCAUCACGACGAUUCCCGAGAGGUUCCCCGUCCCUGCUGCCCGAAUACGUGAGUUGCCAUCGUCCAAGGCGCCACCCGUCCCGACAGGCGAGAUGGUCAAGAAGGCAGUCUAUUUGCUUCGAAAUCUCUUGUCUCCAGAAUACUGGGGCGACUUGGAUGUUGAGCUAUAUCAGAAGGUGACAGAACCUAUUCUCGCUGGCGAGAAGUCGGAUAAACCUGACGAGAAGCUCGUCACGAGUAUGGUGAAUGCCCUCCAGGUUAUACGGAUUCUCUUGGCAUCCAAACCAGAUGACUGGAUCGUUGCGCGUGUGCCAAGUAUUCAGAAGCUCUUCGAGAAGCCUUUACGGUCUGACAAUCCAGAGAUUCAAGAUUGUCUUCAUGGCGUCGAAGAUGAAAUAGACAUCUCUCCCAAGCUUGUACCUCCAGUCAGGCGUGUUCUGAACGCUCUCCCUGAUGAUCAACCAGAGGAAGAGGAUGCGAUGGAUGUUGAAAACUCACCUUCCGAGUUCGUCUCGUAUCUUUCAGCCAUUGCGACCGAAAUGCUUUCGGCAAACAACUACGUUUCGAGCCUUAACAUUUUGUGGACCCUCUCAAAGAACAAGCCGGCCGAGAUGGAUGCUCAUAUACCCCAGGUCAUGAAAGCCUUCUCUACGAAACUGGCCAAAGAACAUGUCGCAGCCUCGACUGCAAACCAAGGUCAAUACCCGCCUGGGUCCAAGCCUCCAGAAGGAGUACCAGAGCAGCAGGAUUAUGAAAUCGGCGUUGACUUGAUCUUCAAGACCAUUGAAUUGGUUUCUGUGCGCAUGUCCCACCUCGGAGAGCAGAGGCGACCUUUUCUGAGUGUCCUGGCGCAAUUGGUCGAGCGGUCACAGAACAUCAAGCUUUGCAGCAAGGUCCUUGGCAUGGUCGAGACCUGGAUCUUCCACUCAACGGAGUCGUGGCCUACGCUUAAGGAGAAGACGGCUGUCUUGCACAAGAUGCUGCUCUUUGAAUCACGCCCUGACCAGACGAUGCUGAAGAAGUUCCUCGAUCUUGUCAUUAGAAUAUACGAGGACUCCAAGAUAACUCGGACUGAAUUGACAGUGAGACUGGAGCACGCCUUCCUCAUUGGUACCAGAGCUCAAGAUGUUGAGAUGCGUAAUCGCUUCAUGACCAUCUUUGACCGCAGCCUGACCCGUCUGGCCAGCUCCCGACUCAGUUAUGUGUUGACUUGCCAGAAUUGGGACACCCUCGCUGAUUCUUUCUGGCUGGCGCAAGCAUCGCACCUGGUCUUAGGCUGUGUGGAUAUGGCUUCGUCGGCUAGGUUGCAUCCAGACGACUUCACCGUGUAUCCUGUGUCUUUCCUCUUUGGCAAUGCGGACAGAGACCCUCGGAAAGCUGACGUUAUGGUCGACGUUCAACUGGAAACCUUUGUCACUGACCGUAAGCGAUUCAUUGCAGAAAUUGGUGACGUAAAGGUUCGCGAUCUGAUGGAGCCUCUGUGCCAGCUCCAGCACACAGAUCCCAAUGUGUCCUACAAGCUUUGGACCACCCUGUUCCCCAUCUUUUGGUCUACAUUGUCGAGAGAAGAUCGCAUCGAUCUGGAGAAGGGAGUGGUGACGCUCAUCACUCGGGAGUACCACCAAAGACAGCUGGACAAGCGACCCAACGUUGUGCAAGCCUUGCUUGAGGGUGUCGUUCGAGCACGCCCCCGAUUCAAGAUUCCUCCGCAUGUCAUGAAGUAUCUCAGCCGGACCUACGAUGCCUGGUAUACCGCCGCAACAUACUUGGAGGAAUCGGCUAUCAGUCCCAUUAUUGACACUCCUACUGUUCGUGAGAGUAACCUGGAUGCCUUGGUUGAGGUGUACGCUGGGUUGCAGGAAGACGACUUUUUCUACGGCACUUGGAGGCGUCGUUGCAAGUUUGUCGAGACGAAUGCUGCUCUUUCGUACGAGCAACAAGGCAUGUGGGACAAGGCUCAGCAAUUGUAUGAGAAUGCCCAGAUCAAAGCUCGCUCUGGAGCGAUGCCCUUCUCGCAGGGGGAGUACUAUCUGUGGGAGGACCAUUGGUUGAUCUGCGCACAGAAGUUGCAGCAAUGGGAGGUGCUCAGUGAUUUUGCCAAGCAUGAGAACUUGAACGACCUUCUCCUGGAGUCCGCUUGGAGAAACAUCGAGAACUGGCAGAGCGAGGGCAGCAGAGAGCAGCUUGAAUCUCUGAUCAAAUCUGUGUCUGAUGCGCCUACUCCGCGACGCACAUUCUUCCAAUCCUUCAUGGCUCUUCUGCAAUUCCACAUCAAGAAGGAGAACAUCCAAGACUUCAAUGGUGUUUGCGAUGAAUCUAUCCAACUGUCUAUCCGGAAAUGGCUUCAGCUACCAAAGAGGAUUACCAAUGCCCACAUCCCAAUCCUGCAACAUUUCCAGCUUCUGGUUGAACUUCACGAUGCCAGCCACAUUUGCAACAGUCUGUCGCAAACCAAUGAGCGCAAUCUGGACACGAAGUCUGCUGAGCUGAAGCUGCUAUUGGCAACAUGGAGAGACCGUCUGCCUAAUCUGUGGGAUGAUAUCAAUGCUUGGCAAGACCUCGUCACCUGGCGACAGCACAUCUUCCAGCUUAUCAACGCGACAUAUCUCAGCUUGCUGCCGCCGCAGACAAAUAAUGUGGCCAGCAAUUCGUAUGCCUACCGUGGCUACCAUGAGACAGCAUGGAUCAUUAACCGUUUUGCUCAUGUCGCUCGUAAGCAUCAGAUGCCCGAGGUGUGCAUCAAUCAGCUCAGUCGCAUCUACACCCUCCCGAACAUCGAGAUUCAAGAGGCAUUCUUGAAGCUUCGCGAGCAGGCCAAGUGUCACUAUCAGAACCCGAAGGAACUCAAUAGUGGCUUGGAUGUAAUCAACAAUACCAAUCUCAAUUACUUCGGCGCGCAACAGAAGGCAGAGUUCUACACGCUUAAGGGUAUGUUCCUUGCGAAGCUCAACCAUGUCAACGAAGCAAAUGAAGCAUUUGGUGUCGCCUUGUACUACGAAUUGAGACUCGCGAAAGCGUGGUCUGAGUGGGGUCAGUAUAGCGACCAACGGUUCAAGGCUGACCCCUCGGACUAUGAGCUUGCGAGCAAUGCUGUGAGCUGCUACUUGGAAGCUGCUGGUCUCUACAAGAAUUCCAAGUCUCGGAAGCUGCUGAGUCGCAUCCUUUGGCUCCUAAGCCUGGACAAUGAAGAAGGUCAAAUCGCUCGUGCUUUCGAGAACUUCAAGGGCGAUACACCAGUUUGGUACUGGAUCACGUUCAUCCCGCAACUUCUUACCAGCCUUUCGCACCGUGAAGCGCGGUUGUGCAAGGCUGUUCUGGUGAAGAUCGCGAAGCUGUUCCCCCAGGCUCUCUUCUUCUUGCUCCGUACGAAUAGGGAAGACAUGCUCAAUAUCAAGAAACAGCAUGAUCAGAAGCAAGAGAAGAUCAAUCGUGCCCGGAUGCAACAGCAGCAACAGUCUUCACCUUUGGCAAAGGCUUCAACGGCAAGCGCAGAUGCCUCGCCCGCGCAAAAUACCCAGCCGAGCACCACUGUCUCGAAUCCAGCACAGCCUAAUGGUCAGCAAGGUACCUCUCAGCAAGUACCAAAUCAAGCCCAGCCGAAUCCUCAAGGGGUCAAUCAAGGCCAGCCUGCAAAUCCGGCACAGAUUAAGAACCCAAACCUUCCACAGCAGACACCCACCCAGGGUCAGAUGCAGCAACCUCAAAGCCAGGGUCAGACUCCCGUCCCAAUGCAAAACCAAGCAUCCAAUCCAGGACAGCCGCCAAUGCAGCAGCAGCCACAAGGUCAGCAACAAGGACACCUUCAGGUUCCCGGCCAGAACGGUGUUCCCCAGCCCAAUGGAAAGCCCGCUGGCACCGAGAUCGAAAAGGAACCUCUCAAGAAACCGUGGGAGUACUCCGAUGAGAUCAUGUCCGGCCUCAAGACAGCAUUCCCUUUGCUUGCUCUGUCUAUGGAAACUAUGGUCGAUCAGAUCCACAAGAACUUCAAGUGUCCUCCUGACGAGGAUGCGUACCGUCUCAUUGUCGCUCUCUUGAAUGACGGGCUGGCGUACGUUGGUCGGAUGCCUGGCUCAUAUGCACAAGACUUCAAAUUGCCGGCUGCCACCGAGGCGAACAUUACGCGGUUUGCAGAGACCAUCCUUCCAGCACAUAUUCGCAAGUCCUUCGAAGCCGACUUUGUUGUCAAGAAACCAACCAUGUAUGAAUACAUCCACAAGCUUCGUCGUUGGCGCGAUAAGUUUGAAGAGAAGCUGGACCGGCGACCCCAGACUCAAUUCUUGGAGACCUAUUCCCCACACCUCAGCGAGUUCCGUUUCCUCAAAUUCGAUGAGGUUGAGGUGCCAGGCCAGUAUCUGCUGCACAAAGACAAGAACCAGGACUUUGUUCGCAUCGAUCGGUUCUUGCCAGAUAUCGACCUGGUACGCGGCAUCGGUGUCUGCCACCGCCGGUUGAAGAUUCGAGGUCACGAUGGAAGCGUCCACGCCUUUGCCGUUCAACAUCCAGCUGCACGACACUGUAGGCGAGAGGAGCGCAUUCUGCAGUUGUUCCGGAUCUUCAACGGCAUCCUGGGCAAGCGUAAGGAGAGCCGCCGUCGGAAUUUGUACUUCCAUCUUCCACUCAUGGUUCCUUUGGCUCCUCACAUUCGCUUGGUUCGCGACGAUCCAUCUUACAUCUCGAUGCAAGGAAUUUACGAGGACUACUGUCGCCGGGUUGGUAUCAACAAGGACGAGCCUGUGCUCUUCACAAUGGAGAAGAUGCGAUCACUAGCGGAAACAAAACAAAAUCGUACACCCGACCAGCAGCAGGUGCUUCGAACCGAGAUGCUCACGGCCAUCCAGGAGAAGUGGGUCCCCAGCAAUAUUGUGCUCGACUACUUCCAGAGGAUCUACCCGAACUUCUCGGACUUCUGGCUUUUCCGACGGCAAUUCGCCUAUCAAUACGCGGCAAUCGCAUUUAUGACCUACGUGAUGCACAUGGGCAACCGGUACCCGAACAAGAUCAUGAUCUCGAGACAGACCGGCGACAUCUGGGGCUCGGAGCUUAUUCCCACCAUCAAUCCGGCCAAGGCCUUUUUCUACAACCCCGAGCAGGUGCCAUUCCGGUUCACGCCUAACAUCCAGACGUUGCUGGGCCCGAUCGCAACCGAGGGUCUCUUUGCUUGCGCACUGAUGGCAAUUGCUCGGUGCUUGACGGAGCCACGCCACGAGCUGGAGCAGCAGCUGAGUCUUUUCGUUCGGGAUGAAAUGAUGUUCUGGGCCACAGCACAGCAUCGUGGGGUUCUGCAUCCCCCGCAGCUUCGUGACUUGGUCUACAAUAAUAGCGAUAUCAUCGUCAACCGGGCUGUCAGUCUGGCGAGUCCUCCGGAGGGCAACCUGCCUGCCAACCAAACCACCAUCGAUCUCAUCUCCAAGGCUGUCAACCCCCAACACCUUGCUUCGUGCGAUGCUUUGUGGAUGGCAUAUCUCUGAUUUGUUUUUCUCGCGUGGCGUUCAGACUUUUAUUCAUGGUUUGCGGAUGAGGGUUCACGGGUUUGCUAAGUCAAAUGGGAUUCUCCAUUCUAGCGUGGCGCUAUGGGGCAAAGUCUAUGGGAUAUGGCUAUGAUAUUUGAUUGCUUUUGUUUGUUGUAUUGUACUUUUUCAUGUCUCAUAAUUUAAUAAAGGC